AUGAGUGUGGCGUGGGAGCGACUUAUUGAUCACAUACCCCAAGCUCUUCAUCCUGUCACUCUGCAAUUUCAACAGCAACGUCGACAAGUUUUUGAAGAGACUCAACAAGACUUCUGGUACACGGCGACGUCGCCUAUCCUGUCUCGUUUCCUGAGCUAUUCAGGAUGUACGCAGCAGCAACAAGAAGAAUUUCUAUCGUUCUACUAUGCAAGCAUCACGCCACUUCUAGGACUUUCCCCCCAACAAUUCUCUCAGCGGGGAAUGAAGCCUCUGUCGUUCCUGUCCGAUGACCAUACACCCGUAGAAUUCAUCUGGGUCAUCGAGGGAGAUGGAACAUCUUCGAUUCGUUUUGCAAUGGACACCCUGGCACAUGAUGGCACCCCUCUACCCGCUAAACAUUGUCAGCAGAUGCUCCAAAGUCUACGGAAAGUCGGCUGUGUCAAGUCGUUUGACUCGACAUGGACCGACGUGUGCCAUGAGACUCUCCUGUGCUCAAGCUCAACAGCAAGUACAUCGCAAUUCUUCUUUGGUGGUGAUUUUGCUCCCACAGGGAUGGUGGGGAAAGUGUACUACCUCCCUCAUGCGCGAGCUCAGAUCACUGGGGAGUCAGAGGACCAGCUCGUCACCGAAUGCAUGGCUCGGCUCGGCCUCAGCGUUGGCUGGAACGCCGUUCUCUCAUACAUGAGCUCUCUCCCUGCUGAAACGCGUCCGUCAACGGAGAUGGUAUCAGUGGACUGCCUCGAGUCGUCCCGAAACCGUCUCAAAGUCUAUUUCCGGGCGCGCGACCGCACUCUAAGCGGCAUCGAACAGCAUAUGACCCUCGGCGGCGCGCUCGACGGCGAAGCCGUACAGAACACGCUUCGAGUGGUACGAAACCUCUGGGGUUUCCUAUUUCCUGGGGUUGGACGCGACCAACCUCUGUCCCCGAGGGCGGACAAGGCAUUCUUGCCCGGUUUUCUGAUCUAUUAUGAGAUGAAAUUGGGAAAUCCGACGCCAUUCCCUAAGGUCUACAUCCCGGUGCGGCAGUAUUGCGAAAGUGAUUCGCAAAUCAUCGAUGGUGUUUCUAGAUAUCUAGCAAGCUUGAAUAUCAGUGUUAGGAGAGACUACGCGUCAGAAGUCAAAAGGCUCUUGUAA